AUGGAGGGGCCGAGCGGGUCCAGCUUCGGGAUAGAUACGAUCCUGUCGGGUGGCAGCCCCGGAGUCAUGAACGGAGAUUUUCGCCCCCACGGCGACGGCCGGCCGGCGGAUUUUAGGAGCCAGGCCACGCCGUCCCCUUGUUCGGAAAUCGACACGGUGGGGACGGCGCCCUCAUCGCCUAUCUCGGUGAGCAUGGAGCACCCCGAGCCGCACCUGGGGGUGGCGGAAAGCCUCCCGCCGCCGCCGCACCACCUCCACCUCGGCCCACACCCGCCGCCGCCGAGUUUGCAGCCGUCGCCCCCGCAGCCACCGCCGCCACAGCUGGGCUCGGCCAGCUCCGGCCCCAGGACUUCCACCUCUUCUUUUUUAAUUAAAGACAUUUUGGGCGACAGCAAACCGCUAGCGGCGUGUGCACCUUACAGUACCAGCGUCCCCUCUCCCCACCACACUCCCAAGCAGGAGGGCAGCGCGGCCCCGGAGAGCUUCAGGCCCAAACUCGAGCAGGAGGACGGUAAAGCCAAGCUCGACAAGCGCGACGACCCGCAGGGGGACAUCAAAUGCCACGGGACAAAGGAGGAGGGCGAUCGGGAGAUCAGCAGCAGCCGGGACAGCCCGCCGGUGCGGGCCAAGAAGCCUCGGAAGGCACGAACAGCCUUCUCCGACCAUCAGCUCAACCAGCUGGAGCGCAGCUUCGAGCGGCAGAAGUACCUGAGCGUGCAGGACCGCAUGGACUUGGCCGCCGCCCUCAACCUCACCGACACGCAGGUCAAAACCUGGUACCAGAACCGGAGGACGAAGUGGAAGCGACAGACGGCGGUGGGCCUGGAGCUGCUGGCCGAGGCCGGGAACUACUCAGCGCUGCAGCGGAUGUUCCCCUCGCCCUACUUCUAUCACCCCAGCCUGCUGGGCAGCAUGGACAGCACGACGGCGGCUGCGGCGGCCGCAGCCAUGUACAGCAGCAUGUACCGGACUCCCCCCGCGCCGCACCCCCAGCUCCAGCGGCCGCUGGUGCCGCGGGUGCUGAUCCACGGGCUGGGGCCCGGCGGGCAGCCGGCCCUCAACCCCCUGGCCAACCCCAUGCCCGGCACCCCGCACCCCCGGUGA